GCACAAUGCGCGCUCAGAGACAAAAAAGCCACUACUGUUCGCAUUCUCAACAUGUCUAAACUUUAUGGUAUCUUGACACUCUGCCUCAUAGCAGCUGUGUAUACAGUUCACAGGUCAAGCGAUGAGCGGCAGUACAGGGGCAAGUUGCAUUUGAGCACAAAGACAUCGUAUCCCCAUCAUGCAUCAGAACAACUUACUCUGCCAUCAGAUGUGACGCUGGUCAAAGUCCAGUACGUAAGCCGGCACGGAACACGGUAUCCAAUGCUCAACGACAUGGCGAGAAUCCGGAAAUUACUAGGCAAAAUACAAGUUCCGGCACACUGGAUGCCGCCCGAUCUUAUUGACGACCAGAAUGCUGGCAAGCUGGCUAGCACCGGCCACACCGACAUGCACCGACUGGGUCAGCGUGCGCUAAAGCGCUACCGUGACCUGCUGAACACCACCGCCACCACAGCCAUUGGAUUUCAGAGCUCCGAGUCUGCUAGAUCCAUCGACUCGGCCAUGGCGUUCAUGUCGGCGCUUGACCUUUCCAGUCACCUGAACGUAAUCCCGCGCGCUAACGACACAACGCUAGCUAUGAAGUACAACUGUCCACUGUGGAGCCAUUACAAGCAGAAAAUGUCAGCUGACAUCAGCAGCCAGGUGGCUAUUUUUGACUCACUCCACGCAGCCCGCAUACAAUCGCGCCUUGAACAAAAGCUUGGCGCACUAUUGCCCAUGGGCGACAUCGCCACGCUGUACUUGCUUUGCGGCUACGACCUCGCACUGUAUGGCAACCACGGUAAGUGGUGCUCGCUGAUUGAUGAGCCUAUGUCCUUUUGGCUUGAACUGCGCAACGACAUCAAAUAUAGUCGCGUAUAUGGGCCAGAUGGAGCUGAUAUCAACAGACAUAUUGCCUGCAGCCUUGUCUCGGAAAUCCUUGAUGAGCUUGAGCAUGGGAGCGCGCUAGCCAUCUUCAAAUUUGGACAUGCAGAGACCGUCAUGUUUUUGAGCACGCUGAUGCACCUUGACAGCGCACUGGGGUCGUCUGACAUGGCAGUCACUGGCGCCAUGUCCCUGAGUCAAGCCCGGGCGCGCGGAUUCCAGACCUCGUUGCUGGUGCCAUUUUCGGCCAACAUCAUCUUUGAGCUGUAUCAGGACCUGUCUCAUCGGCUGUUAGUGCGCAUGCUUGUCAAUGAGCAGCCCAUCAGGCUUCAGCAGUGCGGUGGAAGCUACCUUUGCCCGCUUUCCACCCUGCACACAGCAUUUGGAAAUGACGUCGGAUGCGAGCUUGCAAAAGUUUGCUCGGUGCUAAAUUUAUAGCGGCUUCGUGGGCCAAUAAAGAAAGUUUUGUUACUGCUGGAGUCUAGGUCUUGUGCUUCGUCUGAUGGGGAGCGGGUGCUGGCCAGUUGCGCUGUGCCUUCGUCCCACGCUUAGAGCUUGCCCGAAAGGACGCCGUUGAGAAUUCCCACCCGGCCUUAUAAAAGAAACUGCUUUGAUAUAUGUGUCCAGCUAGUAAAUGGCACAGGGCUGCGCGGUAAAACCGAUAAAUGCCAGUGUAUGUCGUCGCUCAUGGG